AUAUAUAUAUAUAUAGAGUACAUAUAUAUGGUGAUCCUACUACGAACAAACAUAUGUGCCUCAACUAAUUAAUGCAAAGAAAAUAUAGAAGUAAAGCAGAUGAUGAAGACUAGCGUGAGAUACUGUUAAGAGAGAUAUGGAAAAUAGAAGGUAUAGAGGCCAUGUGCUGCUCCUUCCUUACCCAUCUCAGAGCCACAUCAAUCCGUUGCUCCAAUUCUCCAAGCGCUUGGCUUCCAAGGGCCUCAAAGCCACCCUUGCCACCACCAUCUUUGUCUCCAAAACCAUCAUCAACUCAUCAUCAUCAUCAGGAGCUCUUCCAAUUCAAUUCGAUACUAUAUCCGACGGCUAUGACGAUGGCGGCGGCGGUGCCGAUAUUAUGACCUACAUGGGCCGAUUAGAAGCAGCAGGUUCCGAAACCCUUGCGGAGCUCAUCACCAGGCACAAACACUCACCGCAUCCUAUUGAUUGCAUAGUUUAUGACUUGUCUAUGCAUUGGGCUCUGGAUGUAGCCAAACAGUUUGACAUAGUUUCUGCUGCCUUUUCUACUUUACCCUGCACCGUUACUUUCCUUUAUUAUUGUCUUAGUCAUGGCCUUUUCAACUUCAACUUCCCUUUUUCCUCUUCAUCCCUCCCGGUUUCCAUUUCCGGACUCUCAUUUCUCGAGCUCCAUGACAUGCCAUCCUUUGUUUACAACCAGAGGACCACUUGGUCCGGCCCCAAACUCCUUGAGGUUGUCUUGAAACAGUUUUCUAACGCAGACAAAGCUGAUUUCAUCCUUGUCAACACUGUCUAUGCCUUUGAGAAAGAGGUGGUGGAUUCGAUGUCGAAAGUUUGUCGUUUGUUACCAGUUGGAUCAACAAUUCCAUCUAUCUAUAUAGAUAACCGCAUAAAAAAUGACGAAGACUAUGGGCUUAUUCUUGCUAGAUAUUCAGUAGAAGACUUUUCAGUUUGCAUGAAUUGGCUCAACAAUAAGGCUGCAGGGUCGGUUGUGUAUGUAUCAUUCGGUAGCACACCCUAUCUUAGUGCCAAGCAAAUGGUGGAACUUGCCAUGGCACUGAAAGAUAGCAACUUUCACUUCUUAUGGGUGGUUUCUGCUUCUGAACAGCAAAAGCUCCCUCAAAACUUUUUGGAAGAGACUGAUGGUUUUAUUGAUGAUGAUGAUAAAGGACUGAUAGUGAAAUGGAGUCCUCAAUUGGAAGUUCUAUCACAUGAGGCUAUAGGGUGUUUUGUUACUCAUUGUGGCUGGAAUUCUACCAUUGAAGCUCUGAGCUUGGGAGUUCCAAUGGUAGCAAUGCCGCAAUGGACCGAUCAGACCACGAAUGCCAAACUUAUUCAGGAUUUAUGGAAGGUGGGUGUUAGAGUAAAUGUUGAUAAGCUUAAUGGGAUUGCAACAAGACAUGAGAUUGAGUUUCGUAUCAGAGAGGUAAUGGAGGGGAAGAAUGGGAGAGAGAUGAAAAUGAAUGCCAACAAAUGGAGGAAUGUGGCUUUAGAGGCUCUUAGUGAAGGUGGCACUUCUGAUAAGAAUAUUGAUGAAUUUGUUUCCAAAUUUUCUCGCUUUUAGUUGACCAAAUGAAACAAUAAAUAAAACUUUUAGCUUGAAAAAUGUUAUAUGAUA